AUGGGGAAAGGGAAAGAAAGCAGAACUCCUAAGUCUUCUAAACCAUCUUCUUGCAUUCAGGAAAUACCAACAACAUCUUAUCCCCAUUGGUCAGGCUGGUCAAGCUCAAUGCAGCAUCCGUUGAUCCCACCAUAUGGGACAUCAGCUCCAUACCCUACAUUAUAUAAUCAUGGAAGUUCAAGCAACACUAAACAAAUUGCUAAUAAAAAAUCUGCUUCCUCCCCUUUUUCCCCGUCUCAUUUUCUUAUCAGUGCUAAAAGUGGUACUGAGGGUACAUCAGAUGAAAGGAAUGAAAAUAAUGACCAAAAGGACUUUUCUGGAAGUAGAGAGGAUGAUUUCCAGGUGAUGGUUGUGGAUGGAGCCAAUGCUCAGAGUACCACUAUUGGUGGCACUGCUAAAGCUUCAGUUUACGAGAAGCCCAUCUCUAUGCCUAAAACUAAUUGCCCUCUUCCCACAUUUGUCCCUCAAGUUGGUUAG